UCGCUCUUUUAAAUGGUGCACUUCCCUUCACUCCCCCCCUCACCAAACUCAGCUCCCACAAGUCACUCCACACAUACAACCCUGCGGAUUACCUUGAAAAACUCUUCCAAGUUGCUAGAAAUGGCCAUGAACGACCUCAUAACAUCAUAUGACUAUGAUGAUGAUGAUGACUACAUUGAUCUGGAAGUAAGCUCAUUCUCCAACUUCCUUUGCCACUCCAUAAGCUCCCCUCCAUUCCCGAUAGAGUUCGAGUUCCAAAUGUCCACAGUUCCACUAGAAAAAGACACCACAACUUCCCCAGCUGAUGAGCUCUUCUACAAAGGCAAGCUCCUUCCCCUUCACCUUCCUCCACGUUUACAAAUGGUUGAAAAAAUCCUUGAAAAAUCCAACUCUGAAUAUGAUCAUAGAAAAGAUACAUUUGAAGAAUGCUUUAGCACCCCACUAAUGACAACUGCCACGACACCGACUUCAACCAGUACUCCAUUUGAAUCCUGCAAUAUUUCACCUUCCGAGUCUUUUUGUGUCAGUAGAGAAUUAAAUCCAGAGGAGUAUUUCUUUGAGUAUUCAAGUGAAAUCGGUGGUUUCAUGGAUGAAAAUCCAAAGAAGUCUUGGACCAAGAAGCUUAAGCUGAUCAAACAGUCCUCGCUUGGUUCAAAACUGAAGGCAUCCCGGGCUUACUUCAGGUCUUUGUUUGGUAAGUCUAGUUGCUCAGAUGAUUCAUGUACAGUGGCUACAAAAGUUGCAGAUGAAGUGACAGUUUCAAAAGCCAAAGAAUCUUUGAACAAAUAUGAGAGGCCAUCAAAGAAGACGCCUUUUGGACAAAUCCAGAAGGAUAAAUACCAAACGUCAACUACUGCAAUGCAGAACAUACAAAAAAUCACUGAGGACGGCAGCGGUCGCCUCCACAGGAGAUCAUUCUCCAUGGCCAUCAAAAGGUAUCCAAAAAACAAGUCUCUAUCAUCUUCGUCAUCAUCUGACUCGUCAUCAUCGUCUUCAAGCUCAACUAGUUCAAACGGGGCUCACCGGUUGCCUUUUCUAAAGAGAAGCAGCAGUGCAAAAUCUGAGAUUGAGAACCCAAUCCAAGGAGCAAUUGCACAUUGCAAACAGUCCCAGCAGCUGCACCAUUCGAGGAAGACUGUAAAUGAAGCCAAUUUAUUCGCAUUAUCAGCUUCCAGGAUUUCCAUAUGUGACGAACAAGAAAGACCAGUUCUUUGCAGAGGCUGAUCUUUACCUAUAAAGAAAAAGAAAGAGAGCGUAAAUUAUAACUUUGUUUCCAAUGCUUUCCUUUCUCUGGUUUUGUUAUAUCGAUCAUAUGUCUAGUCUGUGUUUUAACUGCUAGAACAGAUCAUCCUGCGGUAGCUUAUGAAAAUGUCUAAUAAAUGCUUUCUUCCUUGAAGCCAAGGUUUAAUGAUCGCCGAUAAAUAUUGUAACGAGUGCUAAAGAAUAUGAUACUUAUAUAUCAAAAGAAUGCCAAAGCUUUUUACUCA